GUUACACUUAGUGCAGGCAUACAGAGCUGAGGCCAUCCCAGCCGGCAGCUCCGGGACACAGAGAGAGCGGGAUACUGGGGGUCCGGUAACCGGGACACAGAGAGGGAACCUGGGGGUCCGGGACACAGAGAGCGGGGGGUUCUGGGAGUCCGGUGGCGCGGGGGGUUCUGGGAGUCCGGUGGCGCGGGGGGUUCUGGGAGUCCGGUGGCGGUGUCAGUCCCGGGUUAGCUCCGUGUGUCUGAGGGUCUGUGGAGGAGCUGACGCUGAAGUGACGCUAUUCCAGGCAGGUGUGACGCGGCUUGCUGCUCCGGGCUCUCUGUAUGUCUCCUCGGACUAUGGUUUAAUAAGGAGAGAAGAAAAAAAAGAAAAAGAUUCCCCCCCCCGCUUCAAAAGAAAAAAAAAAAAACCUGAUUGUAACCGGAUACUGACACAAUCUACAUCACGACAAAGGAAGAGCUGCGGGAGCCAAUCACAACCGCCGGCGGUCACGCGGGAAGCUGCCGUUUGAAUCCCAGCAGCCAAUCACAGGGCGCCUCUUGCUCUGUGCGCCAAUCAGGAAGCGCGCUGGCCGUGAGGGCGGGUACCAACCCUUUAUCUGUGUUACGAUUGGCCGGGCGCCGCCGCGAGACGAACUUCCGGCCGAAUUGCGUGACGGUUAAUUGCGGCCGCCCCUCCCGCAAUGAGAGGGUUAAUGUUAGUCACGGCCUAGCUCGCUAUCCCGGGGCGCAGGACACGGGGGGGUAUGCCGGGUGUGUGGCAGGCACAAUUCGGUCCGAUAUUCGGGCUGAUUGCCGGGUGUAGGUCACGGUAGAGGACACGGUUUGUUAUUGUUCCCUUAGCUUUCCUAUUGGAGGUGGUCUAGCCACGCCCUCCCGGAGUGUCAUUGGACGGCAGCGCGUGUCGUCACUAAGCCCCGCCCUUCCCCCGGGAUGAUUGACGGGGCUCGCUCUGUCAGGACCCACGGCGUCUAUGGGUGAAGCGGGGUGACCCGAAUCCGAGACACACUGCGGGUGGAGCAAUAUGGCGGCCGCCUGUCCGUCCAAAUCGGUGAGACCCAGGGGAGGGGGAGAUCCCAGAGUCUUCCAUCAGCCCAUGGAUGCUGGGGGGAGUGAGGCAGCUGUAGCCCAGUGCAGACUCGGACCUAGGCGUCAUUUAUGGGUCCUUUCAGCACCCCCAUGACGUCAUAUGACUCCACGUGACGUCAUAUCGGUCCCCAUGACGUCAUAUAAGUGCAGGGAUGCUAUUGCUGCAAAAAUAAUUACCCACUAAACCACCAGAUGUGCAGAAUUCAGGCUGCUGUGGGGGGCUUGUUCACUGGAGUGUGAAUUGUCAGGAAGUGAUGGUGAAUUUCAUCCAUAUUAUUAUUAUUAUUAUUAUUGAGUAAAGGGAGAAUUUACAGUGAAUUUAAAAUUUAAGGUCAAAAUAGACGAAGUGGAAAUAUCCUCUAAGUCCACCGUGCUUUCAUUUCGGUUGCUCCGACCUUUAAAUGUAAAAUUUUACUUUUUAUAUUCCCAUUUUAGUGAAUAUCUCGGUACAGUUGUCAGGCCAAAUUAGUCCAAUAGAAUAAAUUCUCCAAACAUUACCAUAUGUAUUUCAAUUCGGAGGUUAAUAAACCCAAAAUCCACAGCCUGUUUGAGAUGAAAUCUUCCAGUCAAGGAUGGGGAGAAAAAUAAAUUAGCGACACAAAGGAGACCUGACAACCGUCUGUAUCAGGUUUGGACUAUGUUUGACAUCCGAGUCCAAUAACACGAUGGGCGUCAUGCAGAAUGUAGAUCACAACAUCCAAUGUGACAUUUAACACAAUUCCCAACAUUCAGUCCCUAAUUUCCACAUUUUAGCAAAUUAAAUCCAAAUUGAAAAGUCUACACAAAAGUAGCUGCUCUGGAAGUGUUUUCCAAGUCCGCUCUAGACUUUCAGGGCUAUUCAAUAAAGUGUAAAACACUCUCCAGGUCAUUUGGAAAGGUUUUAUUUUAGUUAUAUUGAAAUUCACAAUUCCCAACAAUUCACACUUUGGUGAAUAAUACGGACAACUUUUUUGUUUGAGACAGAAUUUUGCAGUUAUAAUGUAAUUUGCUAAAUGUCAGUACAUUUUGUAAUUAUAGAUUUAAUUAAUUAAAAUUUAGAGUUUAGUGCAUAACAUUGCUAGAGUUUCCCUUUUCAGUUGAAUAUUUUUACCUGCCUGCAGACAAUUUGGGUCGUAAUGGCUUAACUUGAAAACAAAACUCCAAAUCGGCUAUGCUUCAAGUUGAGCUACUUUGGCCUUAAAUUUAAUUCCUCACAGUUUUCACUUUAGUAGAUAACGCUGUCAGUGGCAAAAUGCUGUGUGGUUGUAAGAGAACAAGCACAUUCUAGGUCGUCUUAUAAAGAUACCUUACGUCUCUUAUCAGUAUAUUGAAUAAGACUCGCUUGUUUAAAGUGUUACUCCGAGCACUUCAGUGGUUUGAAGUGGUCAUGGUGCCUGGAGUUUGAAACGCUGCACAUAUCAAGUUUAGCCCCUUGGCUGGUGAAGGUGCAACUCCACCUUCAGCAGCGUCAUAGGGUGGCAUCUGCCAGCCGGAACUCAUGCAUUACGUGCCAUUCUUCGGCUUAGAGUGGUUUGCUAACGCUUUUAGCCAGUGAGUGACUACUGCAUCGGUUUCUGCAGAAGCUGAAAGUAUGUCACCACAGCAGCAGGGAGCCGUGGGGACCCAGGUAAGAUGGCAAAACGAAAUGGUUUUCUCCAUUACCAGGAACCAGGCCAAGGUACCCUGGCACCAUAACCACUACAGCGGGCUAGCCUGUUAAUGUUAAACCUGAUGUCCACUUUCUGUUACUGAAGAACAGUAAGUGACCGAUAAAUGCCAGUAGAAACCUUGUCCCUGAUCUAUGGCAGAUGAUUCUGCUGUUACCAAUAAAUGCUCCUGCUUGGGAACUUUUGUUCUUUUUUUUUCUCUAACAAUCUACACUGUAUACACUCCCACAUAUCAGUUGAUUUUAAAAAUACCUGAGGAAUAAAUAUGGCACAGAUAGUAGCCUACUGGAUAAUUCACAAGGUGAUGCCAAUUUUAGGCCAACAUAGCAUAUAUCUAUAUUUUUUCCAUUUUAGCUACUUUGACUUACAAUUAAUGAGUCGACUGUGUGCUGUCAUACAAGUUUAUUCUCGUUAAUUCUGUCAUAGAAAUUGUUGUAUUUAAAAUACAACAAUUCAUGAAAAUUGGAAACUCAAAAAUGCAUCUGUCAAACAACAAGAAUAUACACUGUGUUUUCUCAUUGGUGAUGUUACCAAUAGGAUGCUACUUAUUAACUGACCGUUUUAUUUCAAUUCUACAACCCAAUGGUGGCAGGAUAUAAAAUAGGUAAAGGAAACUUUGUUACAGAAGGCUUCACUAUAUAAAGCAGAGCAAUAUUUGUAACUAUUUAGGUGGUUAAAUAACAUUUGUAGUGUAUUCCAUAAAUGUUUGAUUUUUUUAAUUUAUUUUUUCUGGUACAGCCGCACACAUCCUUUCGUGGAAGUACUAAAGAAUCCCGUCAAGACACCCCCUCAGCAAGUUCAUAUGCUACCUAUCCAAGAAGAAAGCCUUUUAUUAAUUCGGAUGUACAGUGUCCUCUUGGAAAACAUGUGCCUGCUUACCCAGAAAGUAAUAGCAGAGGUAAUCUAUAUUCUUGGUGUGUGAUACAUAGAUAAAUAUUGCAGUUUAUCUGCCCUCGCAGAAUUCCCAUUCCCAUGAUGCUUUGACAGCUGGAGAUCUACAUGUAACCAGCUCUGAUAUAGGCAAAUAAUGGUUGAGAUUUAGCAGUGUCGCUUUAAAACUUUUCUGGCAAAUGUAUGGUGUGGGGUUUUUUUUUGUUUUUCUUCGCAUGUUACUUUUAUUUGCACCAUUCGAAGGCAACACAAUCUUUUGAAAGACUGUCAAUGUUUUUGAAUAUGUGCCAUCUUUCGUCAACACAAUGGUUUUAUUGAAUAUAUGCGCCACUUUUUCUGACAUCGAAAAGUGGCAUUUUUUAUCUCAUUUAUUGCAAAAACUGGUGGAGUUUACUAUUAAGAGAGCCGUCACUUUUUAGAUCACUUUAAUAAACUCGAUUUAAACCAACACUUUUCGGAACACUUUUGUAAAUAUCUCCAAAUAUUCCCUUAUGAGUGCUAUAAAAAUCUACCCAUCUUGGGUCGGCCUGUCUUAGCAUUGGAAAAUAAUACAAUAUUCAUAUAGACUUAUUUUAUUAAACAGCAAACUUUAUUUAAAGAAGUCCUACUAAGCACCUAAACUGCAUUUGUAUGGCUGAUUUAAAAAAAAAAAAAAGAGAGAAUGAUAACAAUAAUCACCCGGUUCAGUUGAAUCACGAUAUGUUUUAUGGUGUAAUUUAAAAGCAUUACCCCAUAACCCCUAAUCUGUUCCUUCCAAUAUGAGCUAGCAAGAAACAUGUCUAGGGUUGGGUUGUUUGCUACAGGUGUGGCUUUUUCCCAUGCAAAUCAAUGGGCACUGGAUGCUAAAAAAAAAAAUAAUGGCGGUCACUUGUGCAUGUAAAUGAUAGAUACUUGUAUGUAAAAUUUCUUUUACAUGUAAAUAGGACCUUGCCAGUGACUGUUUCAACAGUGAACCCCAUUCUUCGAUUUGUAUAGGGAAUUACAAUGUGUGUCUUACACCAUACAUACACUAUUAGCAGUUCUCCAGUUGAAGUUGUGAUUAGCAAGGAUAACCCAGCAACAUCCUGGUUGUAACUCCUGUUACUCUCAUCCAUCAAUGCCAAGGGUUAAAUAAAGACAUCCCUGCUUUUGUUUCUAUUUCCUUACAUGUAACCGGGAUAGACUACUACAUUCUCACAUACUCACAAAGAUUGACCCUUGCUCUCAUGUUUGUCUGUGGAACCUUUUAGACCUGGGCAGUAGAGGUUUACUUGAUGAAGGCCUAGGCACCCUCUCCAACACUCUUGCAGCAUUUAACUCCAUAAUGUAUUUCAAUAAGUAGCAUAUUAAAUUUACUAGCUGGAGCCAUAGCAGCAUGGACUGGAGCAGUGCACCAAAUGUGACAUUGCUGGUUAGAUCACAGUCGGUCAAUGAGGGUUAUUGGGGAAGAGUGAGCGAUUUAGAAUGUUUUAUCAUCUUCUUUAAUCUGUUUACAAAACAUCUUGAUUAACUUUUUUUUUUUUUUUUUACGUUGGCGUUUUGAUGCUUAUAAAUUAUUACAAACUGCUGGAUACCGAUAGCACCCUUAAAUUAUUCAUACAAGUUCCUUCUUGCAGCAGCUGUGCUGUCAUGGAUGCUAGUUAAUAGAAUAGGAAGUGGCUACAGCUGUUUGUCUCAGCCAAGCAAAAUCAUCCAAAAACAAAUCCACAAAAGAAAUGCCGUGUAAUAAGCCCCCCGUUCUGUUAACAUACUUUAUCAAUGAGAGGGUGACCUCAUGCUGUGAUAUGAUUUUACUGCUCGGCAUAUCUAAGAACCCACUUACAGUGCUGGGCAAUGAGGGAGUUCUGAGAUGCUGGCACAGCCACCUGCUCACUUUCCGUGACUAUGCCGGCUUUGCGGAUAUUCUAGGGGCUCGUAAAGCCGUAAAAAGGCUGCCUGAGACCAUGCUAUUCCACCAUAUGUCAAUGGUGCUGUGUGAACAUAGUUCUAACUCUAAUUCACUACAUGUAAAACAGUCAAAGGAAGAAUGUGUCCUUGUAUCUGUUGGAUCUACUGGGAGUACAUAUAGUGUGGGUUUACCUGGCUUUUAAAGUGGUACUGUCACUCCACCCCCCAAAAAUCAUGAUCAUUUCAUAAAGCAAGCAUCUUUCUGAAAUACUUAGAUUGACUUUGUUGAAGUUUCACUGAAUUUCCAAACCAGCCGAAAGAUAUUAUGUGGCAGAGUAGGGUUUACUUUGUCUCAGUAUUUUUUUUACUGUUUGACACAGCUUGAGAUUAGGUGGCGCUACUGUCGCCAAGCCUUGUAAAUUCCCUUAACCGUGACAGCUGCAGGGAAAUUAGCUCUUUCUGUGGAGGAUCCUGAGAUCUCAGUGUUGUACUCACACAUGCAAAGUCCCCUGAUGGUGACAGAUCUGCUUGAAAUAGAUACUAUAGUGCCAGGAAUACAAAGCUUUAUUCCUGGCACUAUUGAUCUUCCCUCCUUUGCGCUCCUCCCCCCGAUGUCCCUCGGUACAGUGUAGAUAUCGUGCCACGAGCGCAUGGCAAAUGUCGUGCGCGCAUUAGAACGCCCCAUAGAAACGUAUUGAAUCAAUGUUUUCCUAUGGGGAAGCAUCUGACGUUGGAUGCCCUCAUGCAGAGCGUGAGGAGGUCCAGCAUCUGAUACCGGAAAAAAGGUCAGUUUCGAUCCAGGAAGCUCCUUCAGUGUCUGCCUGGUAGACAGACACUGGAGGCAGACUUAGUGCUGUAAUGUAAACAUUGCAGUUUCUCUGGAAUGUUGGAAUUAGUGUAGGACCCACUAACUGGGAAUUAGUUGUGGGCUUAACACUAUAUGGCCAUAUGGUGGAACUGAAUCCCCAUAUUUGUUUGCUGGGAUUGGCAAUUGUAAUUAGCCUUAUAUAAUUUUAGAAAUUUAUUUUGAGUACACAACCUUUAAUCUGUAUUAUGUAUAAAUUAUGGUCACUAUGGCAGGACAUUCCUGCAAGAUGCAUGUUCCGAGUAUAUCCCCAAUCCCUUUUUGUUUUUUAUAUAUAUAUAUAUAUAUAUAUAUAUAUAUAUAUAUAUAUAUAUAUAUAUAUAUAUAUAUAUAUAUAUAUAUAUAUAUAUAUAUAAAUAUUAUAUUAUACAUUUUUAUUUUCAAAAAAAAAUUUCUUCAAUCUUUUUGCACAGCUAUAUUCUCUGCUUUAAAAAAUCUUCAGGAAAAAAUCAGUAGAUUGGAAUUAGAGCGGCUACAAGCGGAAGAUAACCUUAACCGUCUGUCGAAAGAAACUCAGGACUAUAAAACCCAUCUAGAUAAACACGUCAAGUCCAAAGACGGUGCCGUGGAUAUGUCCAGACAGAAUAAAGGUGUGUUUUAUUCUUUAAAAUAAGUUCCUAUUAAAAUAACGCUCCGGGCACUAUAAGGACUUUAUCGUAAUGAAGUUCUUAUGGUGGCAUGAGGUCCCUGGCAAAACUGUUGGUUUGUUAUCUUAAACCGUUAACAAACCAACCGUUAACCCCAAAGCCUACUGUCUAGCACUGUUCAGAACUGUCCCCUACACAUAUGCUUGAGUCCAAGGCUUGAAACAGGAAGCCUUGGACUGGACACCGCUAACAGGUUGAGCGCAUCUGCCUAUACACUGCCAGAGUUCUAAAAAACAAUCUGUUACUAUGUUGUGCCAAUUUAAAGUACACCUGUCAUGCCAAUCAUUAGCUGGUGUCACCUUGACUGCAUCUAAGGGUGCUACAUGCCAUAAUGCAAGCACCCGCCUUGCUUCCAAAUACCAUGUUCACAUUCCACAUAACCUAGUAUUUACCUGCACACUUGGAACUGUGGGAAAUGUUUUUUUAUAAAUCGGACUGGGGGUGGGAGCAGGUGUACCAUCCAUUGGUGUAGUCUGCAGUCAGUGUUCAUAACUUAAACUUUGCCAGCGCAGUGUAAAUAUUAUAUCUGUUUCUACCUGAAAGAGAAAUUGUCAUUCACAUGGUAAACAACCCAGCAAAACUCUUCUUUUAAAGCUUCGCUCAAUUGUAAAAAUAUAUCAGUGCGUAUGCCUCUCACUACUUCUCCUACCACAUUUCCUGCUGUACCCCCGUACACCCAUACUUCCUCGUCCUGUCCAAUCACAUAGUGUUCGAUAUGUCCUCACUCAAUCACCAUUAGCAAGUGGAAAGUAAGAACAUGUGUUCAGUAAUGAUCUCCAAUACUCGGGUCAUGUGCGAUUAAUGCUAAAUGGAAAUCUUUUUCAGAUCUGUCAAGACAACUGACAGCUGCAGAAACUCGGUGCAGUGUUUUGGAGAAGCAGCUGGAGUACAUGAGAAAAAUGGUUCAGAAAGCAGAAAGUGAGAGAACGUCCAUGCUAGAAAAACAGGUAAAUUUGUAGUCCGGCUCUAUACAUCUUAAUAUGCCCUUUACGGUUUCAGGCUCAAUUUCUGAAUUCUGUGAAAUUACAUAGACGCUUAAACACCUUCAAAGUCAGCCACUCUUGUUUCAACAUGCACACUGCAAACUCUAUUUAGACAUCGCUAUAAUGGGAAACGGCAAACCGACCAACCUACCUGGACAGUUUCCAUCCCAGACACAUGGGAUGGAAAUACAUUUUAAAAACCAAAAACUUGAUCUUUGGUCAGCCCAUCAGAUGUAACUGCAUCUGCCUGGAAACUGCAGAAUGAAAUGAACACCUUUUGAAGCCUCAGUAAAAAUUGUAUAAAUAAGGGAUACAAUAACACAAUUAUAGAUGUGCAAACAGGCAGCAAUGUCCCCACUUAAAACAAAACAAAACCCUCCUUUUUUGCCAACAGCCAUAUUAGCAGGGUAUUCCCACAGCUUCCACUAUUUUCUAAGGAAAUCCUCAAGUUCGGCAUACCUCAUUACAUAGCACGGUAUGUGAGCAAAAACGGGCAUAUGUUUUAUGUAUUUUUUUUUUAUUUUUUUUUCAGUGCAUAAGGUAGGUACAGGUAUGCUUGAUGUACCCAGACGGCACUACUCAGGCUAAAUAACACAUAUUACAAUUGAGGUAAUGAGGUAUAUCAUGCACAUUUUUAGAAUAGUGGACAACAAGAGGGACAGUCAGAGGAGAACAUAGUGAAUACACAUGAAGUGUAUGCUGGAUCGUCUGAUGAUACGCUCAUAGCAUGUUUAAGUAGACUAUUAGUGAUCAUGCUAGACAAGCUACACAAAUUUUGGAAUUAAAGCAUGAGAUCAACAGGCUAAGUGUGUAGAAGAAUCAUGACUCGGAGCGUGCCCGUAAAUGCGUGUGAGUGUGACAUGUACUGAAUAUACAAAAAUGUGCUCCCUGCGGUUAGUGGAUAGAGUCCGAUUCGGUGCUCCUUGUACCCUGUUUGCGGGCUCUCAUGCAUGUCUCCCCUGUCAGCGGGUUAGUCUUUCAUCUGACACCCUUGCGAGGUGUGUAUCUUGUAUUGGGGCUCUGUCUCUUUUCGGUGGGGUAUCAUGGCAUCUUGGUAGUGAGGUUUCCCAUCUGCCUUGGUGCUGUGUGAGAGCUGGUACCCUCUUGUCACAAGCCUGGGUUCCGUUGUGGCCCAAGGUCGUCCCUGUCUGGAUGGUGCGGUGGGUCUCGUUAUCAUUCCCAGGUUGUCAUCGCUUGUGUCUUAACUGUCCUCCCCUGGUGUGGCCGCCACCUGUGGGGUGCUCCCCGUGUUGCUCUCAGUCCGGGAGUGCCCUUAGCGUGGAGUCUGUAGCUUGGGACUUCAUUAUGCAAUUAAGAGGUUUCCCUUCUCUCGCCAUGAACUGUCCCCCGUGAAGGCGGUAUGUGGUUAGUCGUCCCUGGCUGUAAGCACGCCAGCAGCUUGGCCCAAAAGCGGUCAAAGAUAUCAUCAAGGGUGUCUCUUACGUUAUUGUUGGUGCCUGACAGGGUAGGUUGUUGCUGCCGCUUGUCAUGUGUAGCAGAGUCCGAUGGGUCUGCCAUCUUGGGGCCCCGCUCCCAUGCUGCUUGGAAGGAUCGCAGGCCCCAACGAGAGGUGCAGGGCGUGAGGUCCUCCAUCUGGCGGGACCGGGAUAUCCCCCAUCGGACCAUGAGGGGGCUAGCGUUACAUGCUUGCAUGAGGCUGUUGGCAUCGGGCGGGAAGGCGGCCGUUUUUCCCUUGCCUCCUCUAGUAGGCCCCAACUUGCUGCGAUUCCCGGUCAUUCCUGGUGUCGAGUGUGGUAUCGAUGGGUUCGUGCAGGUUUCCCCAGUCCAGUAAGCUCAUUUGUAGCACUGCAGUCAGAGAGAACAGCGUAUUUAGAGCCCGUGUAGCAGGAGCUCAUGCAGGGCACAUCCUGUCAGCUUGCUAGUCAGGCUCUGCCCCGCAUAUGUUUAUCUUAAAGGUAGAACAGAUACAUCAAUAACAAAAUAAAAAGAAACUAGAGGGCGGACACCUAUCAAAAUGUACGUUUCAUGAACUUUUAAAAUCCCUGUAUUGAUAAGACUACUUAACCCCAGAGAGAGAAAUAAUAGGUUAUAUUAAAGGAACACUAAAAUCACCAUAACCACUACUGUGCACUGCAAUGGUUAUGGUUCCAGGAGCGUCCUGGUGCCCUCCCACUGCAAGAUGUCAAACCAUUUAAGUACAUCCUUUAGCUCCCCUAAACGAAGCCCUGCACAGCUUGGUGAGUUCAGUGCAGAUAACUUCUGGCUUUCCUGGAGGAGGUAACUGGCACUCAGUGUACCCAAGGUUGCCAAACGGUUUGCAGGCUGGAAUGGUUAUUGUGUUUUGUAGUUCCUUUAAAUUUGUUAGCUCAGUAUAACCUUAGUUGUACUGAAAUAAUAGAGACUGGGAAGUACUACAAUUGCUACUGAAGACCUCUAGGCUUCUGCUGAAGGUAGUAUUUUUGGAGCAAACAUUCAUACACUGGGUGGAGAAACAUGUAACCUGGGCACACUGGGCAAUCUAGAGAUAACUUACACAUUGCUCUUCCAAGUGCCAGGUGUGUCGAAUUGACUUGAUUAAGGGCUGACAUGGGCGAGGGAAGUUCAGCACCAUUACUUAUGCAAGAUAAUUAGUAAUGCAUAUGCUUGGAAUACCUGUUAAUAUGCAUCGUAACACAGAAAUUUGCUGUUGGCUGCAGCGACAGCCGGAGCCUGGUUUGCUAGUUAUAUCAGAGAUAAUGGGAUAUUAGCAGAAGUACAAAUUGUUUUUGUGCUCUUUUUGAUGCUUGUCUGUUAAACCACAUCAAUAUGAUCCGUUCUACAAGAUCUAAACACCUGUUGCUAUGUUCAGAAUAGAGCAGAGCAUGAUGGCAGGGGUUUAAUAAACAAAUACCAUGUUUUGUAGGUGCAAAUGUCAAAAUUGAAUCUCCUGAUUGUUGUUUUUUUUUUCUACAUUUUCUGAUCUAUUUUUCCUUAUCUUUAAGGUAUCGCUUGAAGGAGAUCGAUCCAUGGAGACUUUAAAUUUGAAAGCUAAACUAGAAAAGCUGGACAUAUUAGAACAAGAAUACUUGAAACUUACCACUAUGCAAGUCCUGGCAGAGGUCAGUGAAGCUACCAGCUUUCCCUUGCUAAACUUGCUUUUAUUUUUAAAGGAACACUUCAAGCACCAUAACCACUGCAGCGUGCUGUGGGGUGGUUGUGUUGCCAGUGCCAGGAGUGCCCUUUCUCCCCCUCCAUUGCAAGCAGUCAAACCUUUUUGGAAUGGUUUGACUUCUUACCUUAAGUCCACUAGGUGCGCUCCCCGGCUCGACUACGAACAGAAACUCUUCCAUUAGCUCUCCUGAGCUAGCUCAGAUAGAAAGCUGGACCCACAGUAAGAAUUCUUACCAUUUCUCUUUACAAUUGGGGGUAUCAUAAUCACUACAGCUAGCUGUAGUGGUUAUGGGCCUUUGUGAAUGUUCCAUUAAAUAUUGUACUAUGAUACCAUGUUUGUAAUGGCUUAUGAUUACUUAACAAGUAAUCAAAGCUGUUUUUAAGGUUUGUUGUGUUUUUAGAAAAAACAUUACACACUUUUUAUCUGAGCAGAAUACCUUACACUAUAAAGUUACACAGCUGAAAAGAGACUUGUGUCCAUCAAGUUCAGCCUUCCUCAAAUUAGUUUUUUGCUGUUGAUACAAACGAAGGCAAAAAAACCCAGCUUGAAGCACUUCCAAUUUUGCAACAAACUAGGAAAAAAAUUCCCCCUUGACCCCAGAAUGGCAGUCAGAUUUAUCCUUGGAUCAAGUUGAUGAGUCAUGGAUCGCUACACUUACACUUGAGCUGGGAAGCUUUCACAUAUUUGUAAUUUAUUUUCAGAUCUAUCUACCUGUAAAACAAUAAAAGCAAAACAAGGAUUAGUUAGAUUAAAAACAAAAGAAGGAAGGUAUGUAGGAGAGGAUAAAGGUCUAGCUGACUGCCUCAAUUAAUAUUUUUGUUCGGUAUUUACAGAUGAAAAUGAAGGAAAGGGGCCUCAUUUAGGAAAAAGGACAAAUUAGUCAUUUAUCACAUGUGAGUUUACAGAGGAAGAGGUUCUAUUUCAACUGUCAAAAGUAAAGACAAAUAAGUCAAUGGGACCUGAUGGAAUACACCCAAAGUUAUUAAAAGAGCUUAGCAGUGUACUAGCAAAACCAUUAACAGAUUUAUUUAACCAAUCAUUGUUAACAGGAGUAGUCCCAGAAGAUUGGAAGUUAGAUAAUGUUGUGCCCAUUCACAAGAAAGGUAGUUGGGAGGAGUCGGGCAACUAUAGGCCAUUAAGCCUUACUUCAGUAGUGGAGAAAGUAAUGGAAACCAUGUUAAAGAACAGAAUUGCUGAACAUCUAAAAACACAUGGAUUUCAAGAUCAGAGACAACAUGGGUUUACUUCAGGGAGAUCAUGCCAAACUAAUCUUAUUGAUUUUUUUUUGAUUGGGUAACUAAAAUUAUAGAUCAGGGUGGUGCAGUAGACAUUGCUUACAUAGAUUUCAGUAAGGCUUUUGACACUGUUGCACAUAGAAGGCUUAUCAAUAAACUGCAAUCUUUAAGUUUGGAUCCCAAUAUUGUUGAAUGGGUAAGGCAGUGGCUGAGUGACAGGCAACAGAGGUUGUAGUCAAUGGAGUAUAUUCGAAGCUUGGUACUGUCACCAGUGGGGUACCUCAGGGAUCUGUACUUGGACCCAUUCUCUUUAAUAUUUUUAUUAGUGAUAUUGCAGAAGGUCUUGAUGGUAAGGUAUGUCUUUUUGCUGAUGAUACUAAGAUAUGUAACAGGGUUGAUGUUCCAGGAGGGAUAAGCCAAAUGGCAAAUGAUUUAGGUAAACUAGAAAAAUGGUCAGAGUUGUGGCAACUGACAUCUAAUGUGGAUAAGUGCAAGAUAAUGCAUCUUGGACGUAAAAACCCAAGGGCAGAGUACAGAAUAUUUGAUAGAGUCCUAACCUCAACAUCUGAAGAAAUGGAUUUAGGGGUGAUUAUUUCUGAUGACUUAAAGGUAGGCAGACAAUGUAAUAGAGCAGCACGAAAUGCUAGCAGAAUGCUUGGUUGUAUAGGGAGAGGUAUUAGCAGUAGAAAGAGGGAAGUGCUCAUGCCAUUGUACAGAACACUGGUGAGACCUCACUUGGAGUAUUGUACACAGUACUGGAGACCGUAUCUUCAGAAGGAUAUUGAUACCUUAGAGAGGGUUCAGAGAAGGGCUACUAAACUGGUUCAUGGAUUGCAGGAUAAAACUUACCAGGAAAGGUUAAAGGAUCUUAACAUGUAUAGCUUGGAGGAAAGAAAGACGAGACAGGGGGGAUAUGAUAGAAACAUUAAAAUACAUAAAGGGAAUCAACACAGUAAAUGAGGAGACUAUACUUAAAAGAAGAAAAACUACCACAACAAGAGGACAUAGUCUUAAAUUAGGGGGCAAAGGUUUAAAAACAAUAUCAGGAAGUAUUACAUUACUGAGAGGGUAGUGGAUACAUGGAAUAGCCUUCCAGCUGAAGUGGUAGAGGUUAACACAGUAAAGGAGUUUAAGCAUGCGUGGGAUAUGCAUAAGGCUAUUCUAACUAUAAGAUAAGGCCAGGGACUUAUGAAAGUAUUAUGAAAAUUGGGCAGACUAGAUGGGCCAAAUGGUUCUUAUCUGCCGCCACAUUCUAUGUUUCUGUCUUUGUUAACUACCAUGGGAACAACAGUUCUGACACAAUUGGUUUAGUUUAAUCUGUUUAUGAAUUUAUGACACAACGAUUCCCUUUAAAAGCAAAUGUUUGUGAAAACAGUAUAUGUUUGACAAAACAAUAAAAAAUAAAAAAGUAAUUCUGUAAUUAAGUAAGGAGGAAGUAAAGGGGGUGCAGAUUGCAACACAAUCAUGGGUGAAUAGUAUCAGAAAAGGGCCUGUAAGCAGUGUGAAUCAAGAACAAUGCAAACAUCUGAAGCAUUAAUGACAUCAAGCAUUUGAGGAUGCAAUGGGCGCACAUAUAACACUUCAAUGAUUACAUUAGAACCGCUAAAUUAUAGAAGAGGAAGAAAAAAGUGUGAGUUUCCUGGGACAGAUAAGGCAGCUUCAGGUUUAUGUUGUCACAUGCUGCUGAAUUUCAGAUCUAAUCAGCCCUAAAGUUUCUCCAAAUAAUUCCCCAACAAUGACUACUUAAACAAUGUUUGUCUGUUUGUAUUUAUUUUUUAUUUAGAGCAAAAUUCGUGAAAUUGAACAGAGGCUGAGAGAAGAGGAGCAUCAACGUAAACUGGUGCAGGAAAAAGCAGUUCAGGUAUUCAGAUCUCUGACUGUGGAAUAGAAACCUGAUCCUUCCUUCCCCCUUCUCCCCGCUUCUCCCCUUCCCUCCCUGCUUCCCCCCUUUCCCCUUCCCUCCCUUUCCCCUUUCCCUUUUCCCUCCUUUCUCCCCUUUUUCCUCCCUCCCUUUUCUUCCUUCCUCCUUUCCCCUUUUCCCCUUCUCCUUUCCCCCCUCUCUUCCCUCCCUUUCCCCUUCCCCCUCCCUCCCUUUCCCUCUUCCCUCCUUUCUCCCCUUUCCCCCCUCCCUUUUUCCCUUUCCCCCUUUCCCUUUUCCCUUCCUCCGUUUCCCCGUUUCCUUCCCUUUCCCCCUCCCCUUUCCCUUCCUCGCUUUGACACUUCAACUUUGAUAGGCAUGUAGAAGUGAUCUCUUUUGCAUAUAUUUUUAAAUAAUUCUUGCUAAUAAACUAAUAAUGGGUGUGGAAAGCUUUGUCUGUUAUAAAUAUAUAAACCUUUUUCUGACUCUAACAAAUCUCAUUCCAAGUUGCCUGACAUUGCUGCCUCUAUCAGGGGUUUUCACUAAAGCAUGAAUUGUUAGGAAUUUCAAAUUUUAGACCAAAAUAUUUCAAGAACCCUGUAUUGAAAUGUAUGGGAGAGAUUGUAACUAUUGUUUGUCAUUUAUAUUUUUUUAAUCUCUUGAAGCUUCAGACUGGUUUGGAAACGAAUCGCAUAUUGCUUCGCUCCUUAACCCCUCCUUCAAAGCAAAUGAAAGUGAAGAAGAUUAAGACUGCCCAGCUAGACAAGGUAUUUGUCUUUCAAUCGUUAUGCUCUACUCCUUUGUAGUUUUACGGUAAUAUAAAAAAUAUUUUUCUUGACUUGGUAAUAUCACAAUUGAAAUACUCUGUUAACUGACGCCAUUAGCAUCUCUCUCACUGAUGUAAAAAUUGUUUGUCAAUAUUGCUAUCAUACUGCGUACAUUAAAUAUUGCAACAAAGAACAAACUCAAUGGAAGAAAAACUAACAUCGGACUUGUGUUGGUUGUAGGGUAAUUAGGGCAUAACCCAACAUUGAAAAAAUAAAAUGUAAUAAACAACUUUUUAAUUCCAUAUAAGGUUUAACAAACAGAACAGUGCCAAAAGUGUAAACAAAGUGCAAAUAAAGAAAAAGGUAAAAUUGGACAGUUUAUGGGACACUUAAGUUCAGGUCGCAUAACUUGAGCGAUAAAUCCCAAAAAUCUUCGAAAGCAUAGGAACAGGCAGCUUGGUAGAUAGUAUAGUUAAUUGUAAUAGCUCUAGUUAGAAGCAGUAAACAGAGCUAAUAUAUCUAAAUAGCUGGCAUUUCUACAACAUGCUGCUUCGAGGCCCCUCCGCUAUCUGAAUGUAACAUGUGGAACCAAAGCUAACUCCUAAGAGUAAAUGGCAGAGAGUAUCAAACAACGAAGAGAAUGGGCUCUAGGCAUCCACAACCCAAGCAGUGAUCUCACCAAUUACAUGGGUCUUUUCAAAAUAUGGAUAGACACCAGAAGGUGCUCUAAAGGAUCACUAUAGUGUCAGUAAACAAACUUGUUUUCUUGACACUAUAUAAUCCUCAGGGCCCCCUCCUGCUGUGCUGAAGGGGUUAAAACCCCUUCAGCUACUUACUUUAAUCCAGCGCUGGGCUCCCUUGCCGCUGGUCACCUCUCCUCCCACUCAGACGUCAACUCCUGAGUGGAGCGGAAUGCGUAUGCGUGGAUUUUUACAUCUGAAGGGUUAAAACCUGGGGGACCUGGCACCCAGACCACUUCAUUGAGCUGAAGUGGUCUGGGUGACUAUAGUGAUCCUUUAAUAAAGAUCGGCAAAUUUUGUUUACAAAGAGUAAAUUCCUUUUUCAUCAUCAAUCAAUCAAACAAUAGUCUCCAAGUGCUGAAUCUGUGCGGAGUUUAGGACAUUACUAGCCCCAUUGGAUUAUUCACUUAAAAGGGACUUACAUAUGUUCUUACAAAUAUUCAUUUAUCAUUACUUAUAUAUGUUAGGCCAGCAUGGCUCGACUAUGUAGAUCUAAAUGUGGUAAUUACCUAAUCAGGUCUUCGCAAUUCUACUGUUCAUUAAAUAGGCCACCAGUGUUACAACAUACCCACUCUGCAGUUUGACUUAUAUAGCAUCUAAUAGAGCAGAUCUUGUAUCUAAUGAGUUAGCCAAAUGAAAUCACUGCUCUCUGCUCCAUAUCUCAAGGCUGUGAAAAGCAAUCGUUUUCAAUCUAAUUGCUUUAUGGGUCAGACAGAGAAGUCUAAAAUUCACGAUGUGGUGGAAACAUUUGGACAAGAUAUUAAUCCAGUUUUCCACAGUGUGCAAUCUGUAAAUGUGCUUUAAAAUCAAUUGGUGUGUCUGAGAAGGUGCAGUGUCUUGCAUUAAUUAUAAGACAGUGUGGGCAAGUUUGAACUGUCCACUUGCUUUUGGACAUAAUCUUCCAUUACCAUCUUAAAGGUCUCCGAAUAUUAUUUUGUUAUUAAAAUAUCAGCAAAUUAUAAUUACAAAUGCGCUCUUUAUUUAAUUUCAUUAAAGCUACUUUAAAAUCUCACUCUUUGCUGAAGUUAAAUCUUAUUGUAAGGCUUUAUGUAAAGACAUGCAGGAGAUUUAGACACUUGUAAGGUUAAUUUGAUUUGCUGCACAUUCGCAAAAUUUGCAUUAAAUCCAAUGACCCAGUCCAGCUAAUGUAAAAAUAUAAUUAAACUACUGCACAGUCUGACUAGCUGCAUUUGUGUCUGUGAAGUUCUUUGAAAUAUGACUGCUGCACACGAAGACUGCCACAUGUGCUUACUGUGCAAAUAGGUCUAUGAGUGAGGGAUGUUGUGUAUUUAAACAGGAAGAUGGUCUAGCAGCUACAUAGGUUUGAGUUAUUAUACUUUGGGACAGGGGACGUCUUUGCUCCAUAACCAAUAAGCGCUACGGAAUCUGUUGGCGCUAUAUUGAUGGCAAUAAUAAUGAAAAGAGCAGAAGUUGUUUUGGUGUUUGGAGUGUUCCAUUUAAAGAUAAUGCUAGGACCGGUUUGUGUAAAUUAAAACUAAUUAAAUAAAUUUAGCCUCUAUGGUUUAAAGUUCUCCAGAGUUUAACAAGGAUGGUGGGAUCUGAAUUAACUUCGAACACAAAAUAAAAGUUGCCCUUAUUAACUAUUGAGCUCACAUUCUGCAUAUUUAAGCUGAAAAAUGGGACAUGAUUGUAUUAAUUAACCUAGUUAUGUACAUACAUUACGUCUGCAGUCAUUGCUUGUGUUGUAAGGUUUUUCACAUGUUCUAUAAAGCAGUGUUUCUCGACCUUUUUCGGAGAAGUACCAUAAGGUCUUAACCCCUUAAGGACACGACUUCUGGAAUAAAAGGGAAUCCUGACGGAAUAUUUCCGUCAUGUGUCCUUGAGGGGUUAAAAGAAUUCCUAAAUACCUCUGCCUCAAGAAAGUAAUUUCUAUUAAUUAAAAUGUUAAAUGCACCUGUAGUUAAUUCCAUAUUGAAAAACAAGUCUAAUUUAAAGGUGGUAAAGAAUAUUUUUGAAAUAAAUAUGACAUAAUGUGAAUAUUGUGUAUGUACAGAGGAGUGUACAAGCUAUUAUUAAUCUGUAGUAUAAAAGCCACAAAAUAAAAAUAUAAUACACAUUUAAUAGUUGCACACACUGACACACAAGCAUGUACACACACAGUUACAGACCGAGGAUACUGACACACACACACAUUUGCACACAGGACACUGACUCAAACACACUCAUUUACACACAGAUGGCUCUGACAGACACUUUCACUGAUAUGACACACACUGACAGACACACACACACUUAUAAAUUAUGAUUUUUAUUUAAGUUCAACCAGCCUCACUACCUUUGGAAGAGCUGGAGUGGAUCUUUUCCCUGGGAUCUAGUGUGGCUGAUGUCAUCUCAUGCUCUUCCAGCACUGCUCCCACGCAUGAUGUUUAGUAAUGUUGGGGCCGGAGUGUCGUCAUAAUCGGCUCCUGGCAUGUCCACAGGGUGUGCAAGGGAGCAGUGUUGUAAAGAACGCUGACGUCAGGGCUUCCUCACCUUCCCCAUAAUUCUCCCCCUUAAUUCUCCACUCCAGACACAGCACAUUCAGGCAGAUUAGGCAGCAGCCAUCUACGUAUGCAGGUGCCUUCCAUCUGUAUUUCAUGUUUCCUCUUCUGUGAAUUUAUAAUAUAAAUUGUUUGUAAUGUUAACACCAUAGAGUGAAAGUGACGCCUUAUAGUUAAAUGCCUAUUAAUUUAUGUUAAUCCUGUUUUCAGAUGCCUAGCCAUUUAAGCAGUUCUUCUGUACAGCCACACUACAGAUUAAGCCUUGGUGAUGUACCAUUCGUUGCUGGCACGGUAAAGAAGCUCACCUCUGACAAAUGGGGAACGUUACCUCCAUGUUCUCUGUUAUUAAGAUUGUUAAUGUCUUCCGUUUGUUUGUGCACAUUUUCUAUUAAAUAGGACUGCAUCCCAGGUGCAUACUGUGACGUUAUAAUGCAGCUUCUUAGCAUGGCCCAAAAGAUUUGUGAGACGAAUAUUGCAGCCCACACACAAUGCUAGUCACACACAUCCUUAUGCAGAUCUUUAGGUACUAUUUAUACAACUAUACGAUACUUGAAAGAAUUCGCUGUGAGGUACGCUUUAUUGUACUGGUUACAGAGCAGUUUAGUGCAGUCCCUCAGCUUUUCUGUCACUGCCAUAAUGCAGAAGUUUUCUGCAUUAUCUGUAUAAAAUCCUUUCAGGAUUGGACGGCAUUGAUAACCUACAAGCAGUGGUCUAAGCUGACACUGACUCGCUGUGACAUUGAUACCUCUGGCAAUCGGGAAUACCAAAAGUGUUAAUGGAUCCUGCUAACCCAGACCUAUAGUUUGGAUGCGCAACCAGAAAAGUGAACCUUCCUUAUAAGACUUACUAAGCUGAGAGGGUGGUCUUUUAAAGCUGGUAAGUCCCACAUUGCUAACAAACUGAAGCUGUAGUGGUUAUGGUGGCUGUAUAUUUUGUGUCUGCUCUAACUCUGCAAUAAUUUUUUUGGUCUGUCACUUCCCUCUACUGGUAACAAAUGGUAAUGCACUGAGAGAUUUGCAUAGACUUGAUUUGCCUGCAAUUGUAGUUUAAGUAGAAGUAGAAUGCAGCCUUUAACAUGGAUACAAGUGACUUUAUUUGGCUGCUUUAAAUCCACCUCUAACGCACUGAUAUCUUCUUUAUAAAGCAAAGAAAAAGGUGCUUUGCAUUAUUCACUUAGUAGAAUAUCUCUAGAUGAAAGUUUUUUUUUAUUUUUUUAACACACCCUCAAGUGAAUUCAAAUGCCUGUGCUUUCGAGUUGACUUAGGCUAGCUUGCUGUAGGGACACCUAGAGUACCCUGAUACCAUCCCAUAGUUUAAUAUCAAACUGUUGAACAUGUACAUUCAGGGCGGACCAAACUUCAGAUUAGGGUUUGAGGAGUCAAUAACUUUUUUUUUAUUAAUGAACCAAUUUCGAUGAUAUUACAUAAUAUGAAUGCUUAACACUGUCUAUUUCUAUGGGGGGAGAAAUGUGAUGGAUGACCUGAUUUGUUUUGCGGUGCCAUUUUUUGGACUGUUACAUGUGCCUGCAUAUGCAGCUGUGGGUCAACUAAGAGAGGUGGGGGUGAGGCGGCGGCAACAGCUCUGGAAAGCAUAGUUAAAGGGACACUAUAGUCACCAGAACAACUACAGCUUAUUGAAUUUGUUCUGGUGAGUAGAAUCCUUACCUUCAGGCUUUUUGCUGUAAACACUGUAUUUUCAGAGAAAAUGCAGUGUUUACAUUACAGCCUAGUGAUAACUUCACUGGCCACUCCUUAGCUGUUAGAGAUCCUUCCUGGUCAUGGCUGCCUAAAAUGCAUCCAAACAUUCAGUAUCUCCUCUCUCUGCAUGCAGACACUGAACUUUCCUCAUAGAUAUUCAUUGAUUCAAUUCAUCUCUAUGAGGAGAUGCUGAUUGACCAGGGCUGUGUUUGAAUCAUGCUGGCUCUGCCCCAGAUCUGCCUCUUUGUCAGUCUCAGCCAAUCCUAUGGGGAAGCACUGUGAUUGGAUCAGGCUACCACUUCUGCUGUCAGCAGGCAGUGGGCAGGUCAAAAGGAAACAGGGACAAAACACUGCAGCUUCAGGCUUGAAUACAAGUAGGAUUUUACUAUAUUUAGGGAAGCAUGAGGGGACCAGGGUGGCUAGAUGGUCGUUUUAACCCUAUAGGGUCAGGAAUACAUGUUUGUGUUCCUGACCCUAUAGUGCUCCUUUAAGUGAAAUGUAUUGCUUGUCUGUGCCUCUCCCCCUUCCUUUUCCUGUCAGAGCAGGGCGUUGCCACAGGGACGCCGCUAGCCCAGUUUGAACGGACUGCUUUGUCCCUCUUCCAUUCCCCAUCAGGUUCUUUGGGAUUGAAACCCCUGUUGUUUUGUGUUGGAAACCCCAUGUAGGGGUCUGUGCAUGUAAAACCAUUUGUGACAAAAUAAACCGAUCUCAGUCAGUGUUGUACCUCCAGAACUGUGUGUCGUCCAGUUACUGGGGGGAAAUGGGUCUCUUUAUAUUUCAAGGUGGUUCCUGAGCGGCUGAAGGAAGGUGUUAGCGGAGGUAAACGGUCCGGUUACCUGGGGUCCGCUACACCCCACAAGCGAGGGAUUAUUAUUAAAAGCAGCCAGCGUCAAUAGGAAACUGGGUUCUCCUGCAGGGCUUGUUUACCUCCUAAACUCUGUGAGAGUUUUUGAAUCCUUUUUUUGUUAUUUAAAGUCUUAACAGAGAGCACUAUGGUUCUGUUACUUUCUACCUUUAUAGAUUGGCAGUACAUUUGAGAAUAUAGGGCCUGCCCUGGUGGUAUGAUAUUACAUUGGGACCUUUUGGAUAUCUGUGCUAUAACAUACUUUGAUUCUUUUUUUUUUUUUUUCUUUCUUAUAAACACCAUUUAUUUUUCCCAAAUACAAGGGCAUUUUUUAAUUUAAUAAUUUUUAUUUUACAGCUUAAUGUAGUGGUUCUGGUGCCUAUAGCCUGUCCCUGUAGCCUUUUCAAUGUAAACGCUGCAUUUUCAGAGAAAAGGCAGUGUUUACAUUGCUGCCUACUAAGACCUCUAGUGGCUGUCAUUCAGACGGCCACUAGAGAGUCCAGUGUCAGUUCUCUGCAUGGACGCGCUGAAUGUUACCCAUACAGAACAUGCACUAUAUCCUCCUAAUGCUUUCCUAUGGGAAUCAAAAAGAUUGAUGAACUCGGCAAUGGAGACGGGACAAGCCACCCAAAAACUGCACAUCGUGGGGAAAAAAGGGUGAGUAAAAACACCAAUCAUGAUCGCAGGUACCUAAACAGACACACUCUCUGACAGACAUACACGCACACACUACAGAGGCAUACACACACACUGGCGGGCGGCCACACACACACUGACAGGGGCGCAUACACUCACACACUGACAGGGGCAUAUACACACACACACUCUGACAGGGGCAUAUACACGCACACACACACUGACAAUGACAGAGGCAUAGGCACACAAACACAUUGACAUACACUUUCUCAAACCCAAAUUUACAUCACUGUGAUGCCGGGGCCGGAAUGACGUCCUAUUCCGGCACCCGGCAUCAUUAAACAGCGCGAGGGAGCAGAGAGGAGCUGCUGGAGGAUCACUGCUCCCUCGCAAACUGACCGCCUUGAUGAUCCACUGAGCCGGCCGCCUCCAUAAAGCCCAUGGCGGCCGGCCACAACGUUCACUUAGCUGGCCACCUCCAUGCUCCCAUUAUUUGCUUAUUUAGAUAAUAAGUUGACAAAUCCCAGGCGCCCUGGCAAAAUCUUUAGUCGCCAUGGCGACGUGGCGCCUGGGAUUUGUCGAGCCCUGGUUUAGACUAUUCUGCCUGUGAGGUGGGGACUUAGUGUCAUUUGCAGUAUUUUAAAAUGGAGUCGGGUAUAGGUAGAGAAAAACAAAGCGAUAAUAACAAGGGCAUACCUAUUGAGACGCCAAACUAAAGUAGCUCUUCUCAGCGAGUACCCCGCCCGGCCGUGGCGCUUGCCAGGACUGGGCAUGGAAGGGCUGCAACAACUUGUAUAUAACAAAAAAACAGAAGUGAGAACAUAAGUCAUAGCGGCAUAAGUUGUUGAGAAUGCACCGUCCGGCGUGAAAGCUCUAAUGUGCGGUCUCAGUCAGGGAGCUGGAUCUGUGCGUCCUUCGGAUCAGGGGAUGAGCGCUGCUGUGGUGGCUGAUUCUUUUUUUUAAGUACUGGAUCAUCAACAGCCUAUUCAUAUUGACUGCAGACAGUUUAUUGAAUAGCAGGAGUCUAUGCAUUCCGGCUGAUACAAUGUUACUAGUGUUUCUGAAUACUAAGCUUGAAUUUAUGAAAAGACAUUAAGACACAGGUCUUUUAUGAAACACUGUACCUUUUUAUACAUAUGUAUUUGCAUUCCUAUUAUUCCACUAUUAUACUAUUGUGUACGGUAUAUUAGUCGGUUUAAUCCAUUACCCUUUUUUUUUCUGUGUGUGUGUGGUUUUUUUUUUGUGUGGUUUUUUUUUUUCCAAUAACCACUAGCUCCUGAUAUAUUGCAGAUUGUUUUUCUGUUUCCAUAAUUUAGAUAUAGAACUUUGAAUGGUGACUCUUUUCCAUGUCAGCUGUGGACGUUGUUUAGUUGGUAACUCCUUUCUCUCUUAUAGUAGAAAUAAAAAGAAUCUUGUUGUUUUUUUCUCUACCUCGGUUUUAUUUACUACUAUACUUCGUGUGACAGAGCACCGGAGAGCUUGGCUUCCUUAUUAACAGGCUCCAAGGCAUGCACUAUACCUAUGUAUUACAUACCGGUAUGUUGUAUACUGUGCUAUUUAUUGUGCUAGAUGAUUUUAUCCACUCUCCAAACACUGACACCUUACUAUUAUGGAUCCAGCAAUUUGUUUACCCCUAGCUCACAGUCCUUUCGGUAGGAUUAAUGCAUCCAGAUAUUCCCAGUGCCUGCAGUUUGUGUGAUUAGGAAUUAUCAAUGUAGUAACUGUGUGAGCAGAAACCUGGCGUACUAAAAAAUCCAUAUAUCAAUGUGGCAUUCAUACUUUUUCUUCAAGUUCCUGUUUUUUUGUUUAAUAUAAAUCAGAGUGGUUCAUGAAAUGGAAAGUUGAAGAUCAAAGCACAGGAUGUAAAAUAGAUACUCUGACUUUCAUAUUAAGAGAGUCUCCUAAUUUCAGUCGUAUCCAUUAAAACUGGGAUAAAUGACCUGUUCAUGGUAGGAAGUAGAAAGCAGGACGUUCUGUUUAAUGCCAUUUUAAAUCUACAUUUAGCAUCCUGUGCUUUGAUCAGCCAUGGCUCCUUGAUUUUAGGUCUUUUAUUGUAGCCUGCCCAGUGCGUGCUUUUUAUAUUUCUCACAAAUUGCAGCCUUUUAACAUUUGUUUUAUUUUGUAAACCUUAAACCUUAUGUUUUUUCCAUUCUGAAAUAUUCUAAACUAUGUUGAUGAACGUUCUCAAUCGAACAGUGAACGUGUAUAUUAAUAUGGAUAAUUAGUGUACGUUAUAAUAUAAUACAGAUAGUAUACUGCUUUAGACGAUGACUGAUAAUACUAAUUUUCCACGCUACUAUUUAUUUUGUUCCUGUCUGUACUUUAUCCAAAAAUGUGAAUUUGUUUCUCUUUGAGUAAACGGAACAAAGAAAGUUAAGUAAGACCCAAUCUAAGCAGAUAAUAGUAUAAUAUCCCAACAAGACCCAUUACUAUACUGCCUUACUAUUACUACCCCAGCAAGACCCGUUACUACUAUCACUACCCCAGCAAGACCCGUUACUAUACUGCCUUACUAUCACUACCCCAGCAAGACCCGUUACUAUACUGCCUUACUAUCACUACCCCAGCAAGACCCGUUACUAUACUGCCUUACUAUCACUACCCCAGCAAGACCCAUUACUAUACUGCCUUACUAUCACUACCCCAGCAAGACCCAUUACUAUACUGCCUUACUAUCACUACCCCAGCAAGACCCAUUACUAUAUUACCUUACUAUCACUACCCCAGCAAGACCCAUUACUAUAUUGCCUUACUAUCACAACCCUAGCAAGACCCAUUACUAUACUGUCUUACUAUCACUACUCCAGCAAGACCCAUUACUAUAUUGCCUUACUAUUACUACCUCAACAAGACCCAUUACUAUAUUGCCUUACUAUCACUACCCCAGCAAGACCCAUUACUAUAUUGCCUUACUAUUACUACCCCAGCAAGACCCAUUACUAUACUGCCUUACUAUCACUACCCCAGCAAGACCCAUUACUAUACUGCCUUACUAUCACUACCCCAGCAAGACCCAUUACUAUACUGCUUACUAUCACUACCUCAGCAAGACCCAUUACUAUAUUGCCUUACUAUCACUACCUCAACAAGACCCAUUACUAUAUUGCCUUACUAUCACUACCCACAACACCCAUUACUAUACUGUCUUACUAUCACUACCCAGCAAGACCCAUUACUAUAUUGCCUUACUAUCACUACCCCAGCAAGACCCAUUACUAUACUGCCUUACUAUCACUAGCCCAGCAAGAUCCAUUACUAUACUGUCUUACUAUCACUAGCCCAGCAAGACCCAUUACUAUACUGUCUUACUAUCACUAGCCCAGCAACACCCAUUACUAUACUGUCUUACUAUCACUAGCCCAGCAAGACCCAUUACUAUACUGUCUUACUAUCACUAGCCCAGCAACACCCAUUACUAUACUGUCUUACUAUCACUAGCCCAGCAAGACCCAUUACUAUACUGUCUUACUAUCACUAGCCCAGCAAGACCCAUUACUAUACUGUCUUACUAUCACUAGCCCAGCAAGACCCAUUACUAUACUGUCUUACUAUCACUAGCCCAGCAACACCCAUUACUAUACUGUCUUACUAUCACUAGCCCAGCAACACCCAUUACUAUACUGUCUUACUAUCACUAGCCCAGCAAGACCCAUUACUAUACUGUCUUACUAUCACUAGCCCAGCAAGACCCAUUACUAUACUGCCUUACUAUCACUAGCCCAGCAAGAUCCAUUACUAUACUGUCUUACUAUCACUAGCCCAGCAAGACCCAUUACUAUACUGUCUUACUAUCACUAGCCCAGCAAGACCCAUUACUAUACUGUCUUACUAUCACUAGCCCAGCAAGACCCAUUACUAUACUGUCUUACUAUCACUAGCCCAGCAAGACCCAUUACUAUACUGUCUUACUAUCACUAGCCCAGCAAGACCCAUUACUAUACUGUCUUACUAUAACUAGCCCAGCAAGACCCAUUACCAUAUUGCCCUUUUAUCACCAUGCUAACCAGACCCAUUACUGUAUUGGCUUACUAUUGCUACCCAAACAAGACCCAUUAUCAUAUUGCAUUACUACUACCAUGUUUAUAAGACCCAUUACAAUACUACCUUACUUUCGGCAUGCAAGCAAUAAUUCCUGCUAAUGUUUGCUACUACUUCCUUCAAUAGCUUUGCCAAUAUCUUUUCUUUUCUUUCUUUUUUUAUAUAUAUGGAAAAGCUAUAGUAUUUGCAAUUAUGCAUACUUGUACAAAUAUAUUGACUUGCACAGUCUGAAUCCUGAUAAAACUUGUGAUUUUUUUUUUUCUUAAUAGUCAGAGAUUUUUAUUGGUUUUCCUUCAGUCUACAGGAAGCAGCCACUCUGUGAGAGCCAACGUCCAGCAUGUCUUAUCACUGAUGAAGCAACACAAUAAGGCCCUGUGCAAUGAACGAGUACUCUGUGACCAGCCAGACGGUGUAAGGUGGUCCACUGAUUCCGUUUCACCUUUAAACUCUUACCAGGAACUUUCAGAAGUUCUGUUCACUUUGGAAGAUGAAUUUGGACAGAUGAGCUUGUGAGUUGUAACAUUUGUUUUUCUGUACUAAUACGGAUUUUUAGUCAAAAGACUAUGACUAAAACUAAAUUGAAAUUUCCUGCUAACAUUAACACAGAUCCAGAUAUGUUUCACAUUUAGAGAAAGCAUAUCUAUCUAUAUAUAAAAUACAAAUAACCGCAAAUAAAUAUAUAAUUACAUAAAUAACUACAUAAGUGUACACGUAGACUUUAAAUACAUAUAUAUGUAUAUAUAUUAAAAUUCUAUGUGUAUAUUUAAGUAAUAUUUUAACAUAAUUAUGUGAUUUAAUUAUUUAAAAUUUGAUUGACAUGCCUGACAACCCAGGUAAAAAGUGCAGAGAAUUUGAAUUGCAAGCACAAUAUUUAACCCUGUAACUUUCCAAGACACCAUAAAACCUGGACAUGGGGGGUACCGUUUUACUCGGGAGACUUCGCUGAACACAAAUAUUAGUGUUUUAAACUGGUAACUUGUAUUACAGCAAUGAUAUUUUUAGUAAAAGUUACUUUUUUGCAUUUUUCACACACGAAGGGCACUUUUACUGACAAUAUUAUUGUUACAAUAUGUUUUACUGUUUUAAAACACUUAUUUUUGUGUUCAGUAAAGUCUCCCAAGUAUGACAGUAACUCCCCAGUACAGCUUUUAGGGUGUUUUGGAAAGUUAGAGAGUCAAAUAUAAGGCUUGCAUUUAAUUUUUUUUACAUUGAAAUUUGCCAGAUUGGUUAUGUUGCCUUUGAGAGCGUAUGGUAGCCCAGGAAUAAGAAUUACCUCCAUGAUGGCAUACCAUUUACAAAAGUAGACAACCCAAGGUAUUGCAAAUGGGGUAUUGUCAGUCAUUUUUAGUAGCCACUUAAACACAAUUGAAAGAUACAUAAUGCUAUGUGCAACUAUCUCAUGGAAGUCAUUAUGUCUGAGGAUUGUUUUGCAUGGUAGUCCAAUGGCAAUGAGACUUUUACAGUAGUGUGUGCUCUGUGCUGUAGACUUUGUUCACAUAUUAUGGUCUCAACUUAGCAUUUUUGUAUGCGGUUUUCUAAUUAUUUUAUGUUUUGAAGAACAUUUUUAUAUUCUGAAACAUUGAUAUAUUUUCGUAUAUAUAAUUUAGAUAUUUUCAUAUUUUGAAAAUAACCCAAAACAUUUAAAAAAGUGAAUGCAAACAUGUUAAAUAAUUUGCAAAAGCUUAUCCAACAAUAUUAAAUAGAGGCCAAGGUUCCCAUAUUUCAAGAUAAUGCCCGAUACACACUGCUAAACAAAUUCAGCUACCAGUUCGACACAGGAUUACACUCUGCACUCCAGAAUGUCUCAUAAAGGUUUAGACUCUUUCCACCUCUACCAUUUCUUAGAAUAAAAAUGGAGACUUUUGUUCAUGAAGAUUCCCUCUACACAUACUUUUUAAAGAAAAUCUGGCUGAGCUUCCAUUUUGGGUCGCACCGUACUGUAAUCUGACCAGAUUUCUCUGUAUGAACUUGCAGCAGGCGACAUUGGGUUGAACAGCAAAUGGUCAGAUAACCGUAGAGUCUGACUCAAGAUGGCUGCUCAGCCAGAGUGACAUUUAAAAAAAAAAUUAUUAAAGGAACACUACAAGCACUAUAACCAUUUCAUCUCAUUCAACUAUUUAUAGGUUGUUUUUUUUUUGUGUGCAGUUUAACACUGAAUAAUGGUCUCUGGCCCCUAAUGGAGGUGUUGCUAAAACAGAAAUUGCACACUUUCUUCUUGUCCUACCUCUUCAUAUGAGCAAUGGCUGGUUUGAUAGGCUGAAAGCAAUUAACAGACACCCAAUCCAUGCAACAUUAAAACUUAAAAAAAUAGUUUAACACUAAAUGAAAGAAUGGCACUACAUCACUAUAACCACUUCAAUCAGAUGAAGCAGUUACAGUGCCUACAGUGUCCCUUUAAGAUUCAUUAAAUGUAAUGAACAUUUUUUUAAAUUUUUUUAAAUGAGAGGUGAAAAUUUGGUAACAGUUGCCCUUUAAUAUUUAUAUAUUGCUAGGUGUUUCAUUUAUUUUGUCCACUGCACUCUAAACUUUUUUUAUUUUCUCACACAUUGAGUACCAAACCAACAUUGCGCUGCCCUAUAAAGCAAUGUAAAAAAAAUAAUCAUAUUGUGAAAUAAACAUUUCUGGAAAAGAAUUUGAAUGCACCCUUUAGUUUAGUUCCAAGCAUAGUUAGAGAAACAUCUUUCGGUUCAUAUAAUAAAUACAUGGCUUUUGUGUCUUGACUAGUGACCACCAAGAACUGGUGAAGCAGAUCCAGGAGGCACGAUCUGACCGACUUAAGGAAGACUUGGAAAUUGAACUAGAGGCCUUGGUGAGGAAAAUGGAAGCAAAGGCAGAUCAAAUAACCAAAGUAAGCAAUCCUGAAACAAGCAUGGGUCAUGGGGAUACUUCCCAGUGACUUACAGACCUGGCAAAGUAUUGAUGUGAACAGCCACUUCCCGGGAUUUAUAAUCCUGUGUGCAUCACCCCCAAAACAUGGCUUGCACCAUUCCAGCUUAACAAACUCCGGUUAUUGUAGGUUGUAGCAGCACUUGUACCUUAUUCACUUAUGUUGUAAAACUGGCUUUAUUUCGCCAUGAUUAAAACAUAUUACAUUAUUCAGCACGGCAUGUUGGCCACAGAUGUGCCUCUUUAACCUAUACCCAAACAAUUUAUAAAUGUUGCCUUUUGUUAAAGGCUGUUUUUAUUCUUUCACAAAUGACCUCUGACAUUGGCAGAGAGGUAAAAAUACAACCGAUGUUUCUGAACUGCAUUUCUUAAAAUAUUUGUGCAGCCUUAGCCUGGUUAUGCAUCGUGGAAAAAGUAGGCACAUCUGGGGUAGCAAUGCUGUAUGCCAGUGGAAGGCAACCUUCAGCACUCCAGAUGUUGUGGAAUACAUCAGCCAUGAUGCUUUGCCAGCAUUAUGAGAAAUCUAGUUCACCACAUCUAGAGUGCCUACCCGUCCUUUAGGCAUUCAAGGGAAGUACUAGCGGCUAUCCUGUGCAUGUGGAAUUGUUUUUAUUGAUUUUAGUUAAAAUUAAGUGGGUUUUUUUUUUUUGGUGAUGUUACCACUUCCACAGGCCUUUCCAGUCUCAUAACAUAAAUUUACAGUAAGUUAGGUUUGCACUUCUUUAAUUUUUACUGAAUUGGUACUCAAAGUACAUGGUAGAUCCGUAUAUCUGAAUAUGUACCUGUACAUUUCGUGACAGCUGAGAUAUGCAAAUGUAGAAAUAACAGGCAAUUUGUUUAUCAAUAUGAUACAAUCCUUCAACAUCAGAAAAGGUUUCAUAUUAUACAUUCUUUAUAUACUUCAAAGUAAUGGUGCGAUUGUGCAUAUUACAAAAACGAAAUAAUUUUAUUUAUACAUUAUUCCAUAUUUAAUAUUUGUGUCCCGUCUGUUUCUGUUACAGCUUAAAAGGUUGGUAAGAGAAUCAAGGGCCCGAAAGAAAGUAACCUAUGAAUCCUCAAAGAAAGACUCAAAACCUGUAAAAACAGGAAAGAAAACUAAUGCGACAGUGGCAGGACCACAAAAAAUCAAUCCUGGAGAAAAAAGCAGGAAAAGCCUCCAGUUAUUAAGGGAUAUGCAGACGCUACAGGCGUCACUUCGGAAAGAGGACAUCCAAUGGGACUGCUGAAUGUGACGCAAACAUCAAAUAUCUCAGGGAAAACUAUUUAUUCAUCUUCCUCUCCACUGACUGCUCAGCUCUUUUUAUACACGUUGCCUUGACUUUUGUGUUUUUUAAAUAAAAUUUUAUUUUGUUCUACAUUAAAUAUAAAUUGGAAUACAAGGCUGCACAUGCUGUCUCAAAAAUGACUCCGUCUGCAAUAAGUAAGAAUAAAAAAUCAAAGCUUUGACAUACCAUGACCGGUUCAGGUAAGUAUAUUAAAUUCUAUUCUACAAAAUGUAAAAAAAAAAUUAUCAGUAAAUACACAGAUUUAAUGUUAUACAGACUUCUGCAACCGCACUAUACAGGUUUAAGAUAAAAUCUUCAUUUAGAAAUAAAAAUGUACUCUACAAAAAGGAUUGCCAGUACUUUGGCCGAAACAAUGACCGGAAUAUUUGAUUGUGAAUUUGUGUCUACAACAGCAGAAUUGGAAAAUAAAUCAGUCUUUUUGUUUAGCUAAAAAAAAAAAUUGUCUUUGAAUAACUGACAAUUUGCACUUUAUUGAAUAACCAUGUGUAAUUAAAAAAAGUAAAAGUCCCUCAACAUAUAUGCAUUUUGCUGACAUGUCAGGAAUGUCCCAUGAUGCUAUGGACCACAGCUUUGGUUCUGUCUUCUGACUGCAGUAAUGUAAAACUUAAAGGGAUCCUAUAGUGCCAGGAAAACAAACACGUUUUCCUGGCACUAUAUGAUUUAUAGGUCCCCACCUCCCGCGGGGCUGACCCCUUCAGUCACUUACCUGAAUCCAGUGCAGAUGUCCCUCGGCGCUGGGCCAGGCUUCGCCCACGCUCCUCCCCUGCCUAUGGGGAAAAAUCUGACGCUGGAGGACAGUGAGGACGUCCAAUGUCAGAUAACGGACCAAAAGUCAGAUUUGGAUUCCGGAAGCGCCCCCAGUGGCUGGCUGGUAGACAGCCACUGGCGGCAGACUUAGUGCUGCAAUGUUAAACUAAGUGCAAAAUGGUCACAGCGCCCAGACCACUUCAAUGAGCUGAAGUGGUCUGGGUGCCUACAGUGUCCCUUUAAUAAGGAAUGUCAUAAGGCAAAGCUAAGCUUCUAUGUGUACGUACAAGUACUUGAACAAGUGUGGUCAUAUAUCCUUAUAUUAUGUACAGAUAUAAGAAUUUACAUUAUAUGUAUAGUAGCAUGAAGGCUGCAGCACCCAGUACGAGUCCAUGCAACUUACUGUAAAGUAUGUUUUGUCUGCUUUCUCCUCUCCCUUUUAUGCACAGCAUAUCAAGGAACGUCCCCACCCCACUGUAGUCUCUCUCAAAUUAUUUUAAGCAUAUACCGAGUUCUUUAAUGUGUGUCAGCUGUAUUUUUACAACAGAGGACGUCAAUGUGACCAUGAGCAUGCAGACACACAGUACAAAGAACAAUGACUCUUUGAUCCAAUUUGCAUUGUGCUCGUUUUAUGAAAAGAUUUGACUUUGACUUCUGUUUUCUUUUGACAUGGUUAUUCAUUAAACUGGUAACGGACUAAGUCAUUGUUAAUUUUAGGAUAAUAUUGAGAAAUCUCAAUGUAUCUUUCCUGGUAAAAUAUUUUAUAAAUAAUAUUUAAACAGUGUCUAGUUGCACUUUUUUAGCCUAAAGUGUAAUUUCCCAGGUCAUUUCAUAUCAAUUCCCAGUUUGAUGAAUAACCUUGUUUGUGUACUCUGUGAGCUCUCAGUAAAGUGUUCUCCACUUAAACAUGUAACUACUACACUGUAGAAAGCCUUACAUACUGCUGUAUGUUCCAAAUGCUCUAAAAAGAGUGGUGUCUAUUUUGGUUUUAUUUUCAGUUAAGUUUUGCAUCGGACAGAUCAGGUUGAUAAAUCCUUUUUUGUAUUAUGUCUAUAAUUUAAUGUAUUUUUCUGGAACACAACCUUGUCAGUUUGAGGACCAUUUGUGUAAAUAUAAGUAAAAGCUGUUUUAUAGAGACAGUGUUUACAUUACAGUCUAGGGAUACCUCCACUGGCCACUCAUCAGGUGGCUAUUAGAGGUGCUUCCUGGAGCAUUGCUGCACAGUAUGUAGCACUGACAUUGUGUCUCUACCCUCUGCAUGGAGACACUGAACUUUCCUCAUAGAUUUGCAUUGAGUCAAUCUCUGAGGAGAUGCUGGUUGGCCAGUGAUGUGUUUGGCUUGUGCUGGCUCUGCCCCGAUCUGCCUCCUUGAUAAACUCAGCCAAUCCAAUGCUUUCCUAUGUGAAAGCAUUGUAAUUGGCUCAGAACACCAUUUCUGAUGUCAGUUAAGCAGGCAGAUCAGAGGCAGAGCCAGCAGCAGACUGGAAUAAAAGUAAGAUUUAGCUUUAUUUAGGGUGGCUAGAUGGUGUUUUAACACUAUACGGUCAGAAAUACAGGUUUGUGUUCCUGACCAUAUAGUUUUUCUUUAAUUAUUUUAAUCUCCUGUACGAUGGUGCUUAUUCCAUGAGGAACAUUUAUUUAUACUUAACAGACAAGCAAGUGGCUGACAAUAUUUAAUGGUGAAAUUUGAUUUAUAGUAAUAGGUUUGUAUGCAGUAGGAAUGUGUUGUGAUAUUAUUUUCUCGCUUUGUAAUGUUAUUCGGAUUUUAAGUAUGACAUAUCAAUAUUGAUUUAAGUUAAAACUUACAAAGAAUGUAAUUCCCUUAAAAUGUAAUGUAUGUGCCUUGGGAGUGCACCAUGUCAGUGAUUCUGCUUCACCAACAUAAAGAAUGAAUUGUGACCAGGUAUAGCACCCUUUAGAACUGCACAAGAGCCUGGACCAUUCUUAGUGUUUGAGGUAUGAAAUCCUAUUGAAACCUACUGAUUUUCAAGAUUCUACCUAAUGAACAAGCAUGGCUCCCAAAACAUAAGCCACUUAUUGAUCCUUUUGGGUCUGACUGUUUAAAAACCUGUCUUAAAUAAACUUUUAAUUUAUUUUAUUCUACGUGGAAUGUUUGGCUUGUGUGUGCUUUUAAUUAUCGGGACACUUUCAUUGUAAAAAUUGUAGAUUUGUUUAAAGGUUAUAUAUGCUGAACCCCACAACCAGAACUCUGUAAAGGUAUAGAAUCCAGG